AUCUUUGAUCAAUUCUUCACAACUUGUUCGUCUUGGCGCUGAUCUUUGAUCAUCAGGUAGUUUUUUUCUUCACAAUUAUUUUGCUCUUUUCUCUUGUAGAUGUUAAAGAUCUUGAACAGUUGUCAGUUGAUGCGUCAUGGCGAUUUUGUGAUUUUAAUUCUGCGGAGGAAACAGAGAAAAUCUCUGUAUUUGGUUCCGAAUUAUUUGGUAUUUGUGUAGUUGAGAAUUGGAAUCACGAAACAAUUUAUCGUGAUGAUGUUGAUAAUUAGGAAUAUUUGUCUUUAGCGUGUUCUAAUCAUCAUGAUGCAGAAUUCAACAGAGCAGUUUUCGAGAAUCGAGACUACAUGUGGACUGUUGCUUGGCCAAUUGCAGAUUGGAAGAGGUAGAGUGUUUGCUGAAAACACUGAACUCGUUGUAUUCGGUUCUUGGUGUAGAUUUCAAGGACAUGAUAAGAGAGAUGUGAGAACAAGUACUCUUGAUAGGUUGGAUAUGAUGAUUGUGAAUUUACGAGAGGUUCAAGAUCUUGCAGUCUCUUUGUUGGAGCUCUGGAAUCUGCUGGACACGCCUGCAGAAGAGCAAAAGAUAUUUCACAAUGUCACCUGCAGCAUCGCUUUGCUGAGGAUGAAGUCAUUAGGCUUAGUCAUUAGGAUCAAAGAGGUGAUACUAAGGAAGAAGCUUGAGCUUGAGGAAAUAUCAAGGAAGAUGCACAUGGCCGGCCACCCAAGUGUCAAGGAUCCUGAGCAGUUGUUAGAGCAAAUUGAUUCCGAGAUUGCAAAGGAUGAUAACCGGUACAACGCAGGAAGAGGAGCUCAUCUUACAUUGAAGCGUGCGGAAAAAGCCCGUGGAUUUCAACGCUAUCACCUGCGGGUUCUGUCGACGGCGGCGAAGGAGAUUAGGAAGAAGAGGAUAGCGAAGAGAGGGACAAUGAAAAGCAAAGCAAUGCAAGACAUCAACCUUGGUGCCGAAGAUGAACCUGUGGCAAUUUCUCCGGCAAUUGUGGCUCAAGAAGCGGCAGAGAACCGAUUUAUCCUCAGGGGUCGACCGAAGUGGGUCGGGCUCUUGGAGAUGUUGCGGAUGUUAACUUUGAUGGUGAAGAAGCGGCUAGAAUCGAGUUUUUUUCGUGUGCAAGUCAACUGGAACAUUGAAAAUCCUCUCCGAUUUCAACGUAAUGUCCAGUUUCAGGUAGGAAUCAACACUCUUCUGAGAUUCCGCUAUGAACGUUUAAGAGGCUUUUGCGAAGUCUGUGGGUUGCUCACAUAUAAUGCAGGAGCCUGUCUUAUUCAGAAUGGUGGAGAAGACAAUAACUCUGAUGGGGAUGACGAUGAAGAUCUACCAGAUGCGGGAACUCAGAACAGGGGAGUGAUCAUAUGUGAAAUCGCCGAUGAUGAAGAAAAUGGUGGUCCAGAGGAGAUUGUUCCAGAAGUUGAUGUUCAAGAGGAAGCAGAGGAGAAUGAGAAUGUUGAAGACAUUGACCCUCUGCACAAUUCUCUGGCCUCAGAGAUGGACAACAAUGAGCUCUUUAACCCCAUUCCAAUCUUUGAGAAUGAAAAAGGUGAUAUCCCCGGAAGUGAAAGCUACCAACGAUACUCCAUUAACAUCCACCCUCGUGAAGAAAUCAUGGAACAGACUAUGCUUAACAGAGAGAUAAUGGCCAUUGAAAGAGGAAAACCUAAGAGAGAAGAUGUCUUGGAUCAAACAGAGGAGAAUGACACGAAGAUGGUGAUUCAUGAGAAAGAGGAAAGCAGCAGCUUCUCGGACAGGAGCGACCAGUGCAGAGGCGCGUUGGGCCUGAAACCACCAUAUCCGCCAUGAUCACAGCCUGCUGGAACUGUCAAGGUUUAGGCAUAGAUCUUACAGUUCGAUGCCUAAAGGAGUUUCGUCGCCUGUAUCUCCCAGAUAUUUUAUGCCUCUUUGAGACAAAGCAAAAGGACAACAAGAUCAGAGAUGUUUGUGUUGAUUUAGGGUAUGACCGAAGUGUCUCAAUCCCACCUACGGGUCUGAGUGUUGGAGUAGCUGUUUUAUGGAAUUCUCAUCUUUCUGUUUCUGUAAUUUCCCAGUGUUCUAAUCUUGUAGAUUGUCAUGUUGAAAGUAUUGGAAUCAGUUUCUACUUGUCUUUUGUUUACGGCUUUCCAGAACCAAGCAACAGACGUUAUCGUUGGGAAAGAUUAGAAAGAAUCUCAACAACAAGACCAUCUUGUUGGGUAAUAAUGGGUGACUUUAAAG